UCCGUACCAACAUCGUCUUAACAUGUAUGUUUCCACGUGAUACAACUGCUUAGAUAAUCGGAAUGUUUCCCCGUGCCGGCCAUGCCAGAUCUGGACUAGCGGGCCUGCCAUCGUUCUUGUUCCCAGCCGUUCCUCUCCCCCGUCUAUUAUUAUUGCUCCUCCGUUCAUUUACCUCACUGUCGCCGACAUCUUCCCCGGCCGGAGCUCACUCUCACCUUGACUGGGCCAUCGUCCGCUGGAUUAUUGUCCUUCUUCUAUCUUUGCCUCUUUCUCUUGGGCUUCUUGUAGGUCGCCUAACUCACUUCUCUUUGUCAGAUCUCCCUUGCCUCUAGUUAGUCGCCCUUUUGUCUCUCUGCUUGACCUGACCCAGGACCCGUUCCAUCUUGCCUCCUUGUCCCCUCACAACUCUCUAUUCUUUUUUUUUUUUUUUUUUUUUUUUUUUUUUCUUUUUUUCAAUUAUUCAAUUUUCUGUUUAACUCUUUCUCUUGGCCUUUUAUUAUCUUCCCCUUUGCUUGAAAUCUUGAAGGACAUCCUAUCGUCGCGCCCUUGCCGGCCCUCGAGACCCUCCGCCAGCUCACAACUCCUGCGGGCGAACCUCUUUCUUGCUUCUUGUUCAUCCUUUUACUCUUCUUAUUUUUAGCCUCUGGACUCACUUUGUGGUCCGGAAUAUGAAACCAUGCCCCUAUAUUCUAUCUUCUGCCGCCCUACGGACCCUGGUCUUCUCAUCUUUUCGUUCCCACACGCCCUGUCUUUCUUGUCCCUCGUGAAUGUUGAUGCCGUCUCAGUCACCCCCUACAAUUCAUAAGAUUGAUUUGUUCUAAUGUUAACCAUGUCGGAACAUAGCUACUCCUGUCAUCCGUCUCGAACCGUGUUUGCUACGUCCGUCUUUAUCUGGCCGACUACUUUGGCCCCACACGUCUAUCAUUCAAAGAGGCCGCUGGCUGAAUCCACAAGAUGGAUUCCUACGAGAGCUAUGGGUCUCCAGUGAGAAACCGUGAUGAGAGCUCAUACGCAUCCCGGGCUGCUGUUGAUUCGUAUAGGCGCAGAUCACCUGCUUCUCAGGAUCGCCGACGUGGACGUGCACGUUCCCGGUCCCCUGCCGUUAUAGACCGCUACGAACCUUCCGACCGCCGGUCUUCUCGAGACGAUUACUAUGCCUCGUCGCGAGAACAAGCAAUGCGAGACCGCGAGGACCGCCGCCGUGUCCCGUCUCCCACGGUUGCCAACAUCGACCGCUAUGUCCCGGGACAAGAUUCCGGCAAGCGACCCAUUCCAACUAAUCCCCUUCCAAAUCCUCUAAGCCUUGAUUUUCAAGUUGGGUUUAAUUGGUUCGCUGAAUGGUGGAGGGCGGAACAGGCGAUCAAAGAAGAGAAGGAACGGGCGAAACACGGUGGGCGUCGCCCUUCUGAUCGUGUCAAGGGCGAGCGUGAAGCGCGCGAAGACCGAGAAAGGGAAAGAGCCCAAAUCCAGACCGCAUACGAUUCGUAUAAGGUGGACCUUCAGAUCAAGAUGGCUAGAAAUUUUGUGCACCAACAUAAGGGUGAGGAAUGGUUUAAGGAACGUUAUGUCCCCGAGGUUAGGGACUCUCUACGUCAGCGCUUGAUGGACUUUCGCAAAGGCGUAUAUGAACAGUGGCGCAACGACCUGGACAACGGCGUGUUUGAUGAGUUCACCUUGGAAGGCAUCUACAAAAGCGAAAGCGAUGGCGCAGGUGGCGUGAUUGAGAAAGAAGAAGGGGAGACGACUGCUGUUGGAGAGACUCUAAGUGUUCAGGAUCUGCUUCCAGCUCGGGGUGGAGAUUUGCGUGACGAGGCCUUGUCGCAACCGGCUUUGCUCAUCAAGACGUUGGCACCAAAUGUCAGCCGAGAGAAGGUCGAAGAGUUCUGCAAGGAGCAUCUCGGAGAGCAAGAUGGCGGGUUCAAAUGGCUCAGUUUAAGUGAUCCAAAUCCAUCAAAGAAGUAUCACCGUAUGGGAUGGAUCAUGUUGAAUCCCGCUCCGGAACAUGCCGUUGUGGAGAGGGGUGAUGGGAGAGAUGAGGAAGGGGAGGAAAUGGAAACGGAUGUCACUGCCAAUGGAGGUGUCAGUAUUAGUGCUGCUGAGAAGGCACUCGAGGCUAUCAACGACAAAGUCAUUCAUGAUCCUGUUCAUGGAGACUUUGUUUGUCAUGUUGGUGUUCACGUGCCUCCGUCUCAACCGCGGAAGAAAGCUCUGUGGGAUUUAUUCUCUGCUCCCGAACGCAUUGAGCGCGAUCUUGAGUUAGCCAGGCGAUUAGUGGCGAUGCUUGAUGGUGAGAUGGGAGAGAAGGUGGAUGGCUAUUCCAAGAUAGAGGAGCGGGUGGAAGAACUACGCGGCAAGGGAUGGUUGCAACCUCCUGUUACUGGGCCCGUGAGCUCGAAGAAGAGGCAAAGCGCGUUAGAUUCGGAAGAUGAAGGUGAAGCGGAAGAAGGCGAGGAACGGGAAGGUUGGGAUGACGACGAAGUCGACGAUGAAGACCUUUUGGCAAAGAAGAAAAAAUUGGACCUGAUGGUGGAGUACCUUCGCAGGGUAUACAAUUUUUGCUUCUUUUGCGUCUUUGAAAGCGAUUCAGUUCAUGAGCUAGUUCGAAAAUGUCCUGGUGGUCACCUUCGACGUCCACGCGCUGGCCUGACAAGCCAGGCGAAAAUGGUGGCUAGAGCCAGUGCCCUCGGGCAGCCAUUUCCCGUGAAAAAGAAGGAGCCAAGUGAAGAAGGGGAGGAGACAUCGCCGGCGGAGGAGAAGCGGCCACAGCGAUUUGCCUCCAAAUCGGAGCAGCAGCUACAACGCGCGUUCAACUGGGUCAAAACGUUCGAGGACAAACUAUUGCAAAUCCUCGAACCGGAUAAUGUCGACAUUCAGAAAUUGGGCGGCAAGCCAGUGGAUGAAGCGCUGGAAGAAGAAUUGUCAAAAUAUGUCAAGCAGGAAGACGAGUCGAAGUUCCGCUGCAAGGUGCCUGAAUGUACGAAGCUUUUUAAGGCAGAGCAUUUCUGGCGCAAGCACGUUGAGAAGCGACAUACAGAGUGGUUUGAAAAUAUUAAGAGCGAUCUUUCUCUGGUCAACGCUUAUGUCCUUGAUCCCGCUCGCAUCGCACCGUCCCGUGCGGAUGCGAAUAGCAAUGGGCAUUUCCCUCUUUCCGGACAACCUCAGACUGGUACACCUCGCGGUUUCAGUCUGUCAAAUAUGUCAUACUUCGGUAGCAAUGCCGUUCCUGGGAACUUCCAAGGCCUCCCGGUUACGGGUUUCCCAGGCUUUAUGGGGGUUAAUCAAGGCGGAUCCUGGAAUGCAAAUGGACUGAUCUCUGGAGAUGCUCCCGGGCUACAUCAGCCAGGCGUUAUGCGCAGAGGCGGUCGGUAUAAUAACCGCUCUGGACCGUACGAUCGCCGUGGAGGCCGAUUCAACCCUGGAGCAUCUGCAAGCGGUCGUUUGAGCCCAGUCCGGGGUAUGCCAAACCCGUAUAGUGCUGGCGGUCGACUGCCGCCCGGCGCAGGGUACAUUGCCCCUGGCCAUCCCGCCGCAGCCUUACUUGGAGCGGGAACAUUUCCUGAUGCUAUGGUUUCUGGCGGCGGUCAGCAGGGAAUGGGGCCUCGUGAAGCCGUCCAAGGACGCAGUAUCAAGAGCUAUGAAGAUCUUGAUGCGGUUGGCGGGCCUGGUAGCGGUGAACUAAACUACUAACUCAGAGAACUUCGGAUGUUAAUUCUGAUGCCUUGGUUUUUCUUCUUUUCACCGUCUUGUUUGACUUUGUUUUUAAACCAAUUUUCAUUGCUUAGGUAGCAGAUGAGUGCAAUCUUUCCAUGUGAUGUCUACAUCAGUCUGUCCCUCACCUUUUCUUUUUCUUAUAUCUUCAUUCCAUUGUGAGUUUCCCUAAGAUGCUUUCAGAAAAGCCCUCUUUCCUUUUGCUGUUGUUUUUUCUGGGCGGCUGGACCUAAUAGCAAGUUCCCUUUUAUUUAUUUUCUUCGGUUUAUGGGGUAGAUUGCUUGGUUACAUCUCACAUUCCUAUGUAAUGAAAUUCUGUUUCUGGUAAAGACGGAUGCAAAGGCAAAGCCGGCAAUGCAGCUUUGCCCAGCCAAAAAGUGAUAUAUCAUAUUGCACACUUGCCCUGGUAUUUCUUUCUUUCUUUCCAAUGGGGAAAUGAAAAGAGACAUUUCAUUUUAGAUUUUUCAUCCGAUCGGACCAUUGAGAGAAGAGUAAUACCGAUUUCAAUUCACACCAGUGUGUUCUGCAGAUGUAGUCUCCACACCACCAAUAUAACUUCAAAUUAAUUACUGCAGGAAGGUGGCCUAGAAAGGCAAGUUGGAGCGGUGUGUCCAAAGAUCCAAAAAUGAGAAAGGUAGCGCACAUGCACGUGUAUAAAAGAGGCAACUGUAACAGUAGAGAAGGGUAAAAUAGUAUGUCAUGGCAUCUGAAUAAUAACCUCCUCGCGACUGUCUCUCCACUGGGCGCCCAUUUUGCGAAUCCGGCGUUCACUAGCAAGGAAUAGAAGGAGGUAGACGUGUACUGCUAUCUCACCCCAAGCAUAGAUUUUGAGGGUUAGAGGUUUCAGAGAUGGCGUGUCAUAGCCGUCAUUGCUGCUGCUGCUACUCUGAUGAGACCGAUGCAUUCUUGCUGGGUCUCCUUCGGCCGGAAUUGCUGAGCUUGCAUUUCCCGCAGCUUUCCGAGAUAUGCUUUUACUUUGUGCCAGUUGCGUCUUUUCCUGAACUUGUUCUUCUAUGUCAGCAUGUGCCGGAGUCUGCACAGCAUCCUCGAGUAUACACCACACGCCCCAACCGGCACGGCCUUCCUUGGAAAUAAAGUCAGACAAGAAGGUCCAGAAACGAUCGAAGAAUGAAAUAUCCCAGUCAUUGAAAUUGGGGCUUGCAGUCCCGGCACUCCCAUGGGCCAUAUCUUGUUUGGAUGAGCAGCAUCCUGGCCGGUUCUGGUGUCUGUUCUCGUUGGCCACCGGGCAUAGAACUUUGUUUUCUUUUCGAGCAAUCUCUUCAGUAGUGUAUUCUCUGCCCUGGGUAAGGUUGAUGCGAAGAAACCAGUAGCCUCGUUCUAAAGUGUCAAGCUGUCUGGUCUGUUUUACCGGCUUAUACGUCCGUGCAGGUUUCAAGCGUUCUUCCAGCAUUUUCAGCGUUGGGGUAACGUGAGUUACGAAGCGUUUGGUCGAGACUGGGGGCGCGGGAGGAUAAAUUUGUAGAGGAAGAGAAGGAAAUGGUAUAUAUAAUUCCCGCUUCUUCACGGGCGUUGAAUUUCGACUGCUUCCGUCCGUUGCAGCCGACGCCGGUGGUAGGGUGUCGUCGUCGUCGUCGUCGUCGUCGUCUUCUUGUUUCUCUCUUACCAUAGGCGUCGAGUCCUUAUUGAUUGCCUUGGGGUCAUUCAUGGAUGGUAGUUGGGAGCUCGCAGGUCGCAUUGAUGCGGGAAAAGGUUGGUCAACUGAGGACCUCAAGCGCUUGCAAUCUGGUGAUUCUAGUAGAUCUUUAGCCUCCCGAAAAGCAUCCUCUGGGUUCGAGUCAGGUAUGACACUGAUUGGACUGCCAAAGGAAUCCCCUUGCGACAUGUUUUGGUGGGUUUGAGCUGGGGCGCAGUCUCGGUGAUGUCCAGCGCGGUAUGAUGAAAAAACGCAAGCCGAACUCGUAGAUCCAGGUGUAUUUGGCGGACGACGGAACAUCCCGUUUUCCUCCCCAUGACUGCUGAAGGUGUUCUGGGCACCAUCCAUGUGACUGCUUGGAGAAGUGCCACUUUGAAGCGAUGAAUGCGCUGAGAGUACGCCUCGCAAUUCAUCUCCCGAAUUUGCUUCUGGGGGACCCGGGCCUGCAGACGGGUUUGUUGAGGAAGAGACAGACGUAGCUUCUCUAACAGACGAUGCAGCUCCUGCGACACUUUCUUCUUCUUCCAAGUCUGCUACAUUGCAGCGCGAAACAGCUUCGAAGCCGAGAAUUGCCUGGACUUGUGCGCGAUACCUGGCAUCAUCCCUGGCCCCGCUGGGAGCAGAGAUGUGGACAAGUAUCUCUGUAUUCUGCAUUGGAUUCCAACAGAUUCACUCCCCGACUGGACCUCAUUGUGGGGUUUCAAGACUGUGCCUGAGGGUGAUGCGUUGUCAUUUUG